CCUCCUUUAAUUUCAGUGCCCUCUGACUUUGCCCAUUUCUCUCUCUCUCUCUCUCUCUCCUCCUCUGUUUCUUCGCCUUCUUUUAGCUUUUCUUCUUCUAUCUUCGUCUUUUAUCAGGUAAAGAAUUAUGAUGAGCAUAUCCCUGCACAUACCUCUCUCCCCUUCUCAUCUUUCUGAUUUCUCGAAAGUUUGCAUGCGCAGACGGUUUUGUAGAUCAUAAAGUUUAGCUUUUUAGCAACCUUUUUCUUGUUUAUGUUAUGUGUAUGGUUGUUGUAAUAGUGAGAAUUAAGACUAUGUCAAGUGAUAAUUGAAACUUUUAGAAUUUGCAUAUGUAUGUAUGAAAGAGUGAAUGGAGAUGUGGACGGAAGCUAGAGCCCUAAAGGCAAGUCUAAGAGGAGAAGCUAUAAAGCAUCAAGUGCUUAUGUCGGAAGAAUUAAGCCGAACUUCUUCUGCUGAAGAUUUCUCUGUUGAGUGUUUCCUCGAUUUCUCAGAAGGUCAAGAAGAAGAACCAGAAGAAGAACUUGUCUCUGUGUCUUCUUCACAAGAAGAACAUGAACAAGAACAAGACUGCAUCUUUAGUUCACAACCUAGCGUCUUUGAUCAACUUCCUUCUUUGCCGGAUGAAGAUGUGGAAGAGCUUGAAUGGGUAUCUCGUGUUGUGGAUGAUUGUUCAUCACCAGAAGUCUCACUUCUCUUCACUCAAACCCACAAAACCAAACCAAGCUUCACAUCUCGAAUUCCGGUUAAACCAAGAACCAAACGGUCUCGGAACAGCCUAACGGGUGGCCGGGUUUGGCCACUCGUUUCAACCAAUCAACAUGCAGCAACAGAGCGAUGGAGGAAGAAGAAACAAGAAACGGCCGUUGCGUUUCAACGAAGAUGCAGUCAUUGUGGCACAAACAACACACCUCAGUGGAGAACCGGUCCUCUCGGUCCAAAAACAUUAUGUAAUGCCUGUGGAGUCCGGUUUAAAUCCGGUCGGCUAUGCCCGGAAUACAGACCGGCGGACAGUCCAACGUUUUCGAAUGAGAUCCACUCCAAUCUUCACAGGAAAGUUCUGGAACUGAGAAAGAGUAAAGAGUUGGGUGAAGAAACAGGUGAAGCUACUACUAAAUCAGACCAAGUCAAAUUUGGCAGCAAAGUGGUAGAGAAGACUUAGGUAAAAUGAAAACCUACUUUUUUUAACAUUAUCUGUAGUGUUGUAAUUUAACAACUUGCUCCAUAACAUUUUAAACUGUUUUGGGAAUUAGUCUUUUCUAAAAAAAGGUUUUCUAUAAGCAAAAUUAUGUUUUCGUCUUCUUAAUGAUGUGAGACCACCACCACUACUUACUUAGAA